AUCUGUGUGUAUAGUGUGCUAUCGGCUAAGCUGAGUUUAUUAACUAACCAAUGCAAUGGAAACACAAAAAGGACACGCUUCCUUCCAUCAAUAACAUUUCGUGUUUUCGGACUUGUGGAAUGAGGAACCAUUGGCAGGUAUAGACUGAAUCUGACUGAGAGAGAUAAGAUAUGGAAGCGCUUUAUUGUCAUCUCAGAGAUAAUUAAUUCGCAAAACGUCAGUCAUUAACCUGAAAUUGUUGGCACGUUUGGUUGGAUUCUAGGACCCGGAUUUUACAAUCUGUUACAUACCUCUUUCAUUGACAACAUUUACUUUGGAACUGUUUUGAUUACCUCGACUGUAAAACAUCAUCGCUUUACCUUCACUGACUGUUAACUGAUAUACAAGCUGAGAUGGAUGAGUUAUGGAAAAACGACAUAUUUCGUGAGAAAGUCAAGGGUUUGUCGCCACCUGUCAAGAAAUACUUUCUGGACAGCCUUAACGGGUUGUUUGAGCAGGAGACGAAAGUGCUCAUCGAUGUCCUUGAAGACUGCAGGUAUGACCUCCGUUUGGCAGCGCUGCAGUUCCAAAAUGACGCCGAGGAAGACCGAGCCAGAUCUCGGAUGCUAGAAGAGAGGCGCGAAAAGAGAGAACGUAGCAAGAGCAGGGGACAUUCGCGAAAUUCAUCUCGUAUAUCCUACAUUAACGAGAAAGAAAGGGCGGAAGAAUUCAUGCGAAGACGAAGUCUGCGGAGAAAGAUCGCCCUCUCGGAUGAAAACAGAAGUGCCAGCUCCCUGAGUGUCCCCGAAUAUGGUUCCAGGCGAAGCGUAUCCCCGGACAGGCGUAGUAUCAGAAGCCUACCCAUGUCCCCGGCGCCAGACAGCAAAGAAGGCAUCGCUCAAGCUACGAUAUAUGAACAAGAAACUCGAGCUAUUCUCAGCAGCAUGCAUCACAUGGAUGCCUCGAUAGAACGUGAGAGAGACCGACAAAAACAGGUCAUGGAAGAACGAAAAGACAAGAUACGACAGCAAAAGAUGGAUAAGAUGGAAAGGGCUAUGGAACUAUUGGAAGAGGCCUUAAAAAUGGAUAAAAUACUCGCCCAGGCUAAAGAAAAGCAGGCGCAGCUGACACGAGAGAGAAUCCUGGAACUGAAGCAACGGAUUGCAAACAAAGACAUACCCAAAACUCCAGAGCCUGUUGCAUAAUGGUGAACACCACGGAAAAUACUGAUCCCAUACUGUACAGAUACGCCAUAUUGUUUGGCGCAUUGUCCCAAAUUAAACCGGAAAUGCAAACGGAUGGUCGUUUUGCAAGCGAUUUUUGGCAUGACCAAGAUUAUCUAUUGUUCUGCAAAUGAAGGAAGUUGUUAUACAAACAAGGUGUCUUAAAAGACACUCAGAGUCUUGAAAUGUGUCCACUGUAUGAAUAGAAAAGAGAAUGAGUUUUGGAAUAAGGAGAUCUUCUUUUGACUUCAAGAGAAUAUGUAUACUGGAUGGUUUAUCAAAAGCAACUUGACAAGCAUAUCAAAUUAUUGUCUUUUAUUUGUACAAAAUAUGUUGACAUUUCGUUGAUACCAAGUUGUGGUUAAUAUUUAUUAUUGAUAGUACUGUAAAUAGUUUUAUUCCAUUACCUCAUUUCUGUUUAAUUGUGUAUAAACAAAUGAAAUGAAUAACAUAUACCAUGAAAUACUUAAUGAAAAUAGAGAUACAGUUGUGUUUAAAAUAUAGGGAUUAAGCAUACACUAAUAUAUAGAAAAUAUUAUUUUAUAUUGACAUUAUUUAUGGAUUUAAAAACAAUAUUAUUAUUUAUUAUGUAAUACAACAAUCUAAAUAAAUAAAUUUAUGCUUUAAUGACAUAAAGACAGUCUUCUCACAGUAUGUAACUAAUACUUAAUAGGAUGCUCAAAACUGGGCAUAAUUACUAAUAACUUGCGGCAACCAAAUGUUUCAGGUAAGGAAACGACUAUGGAAAACUUUUUUUUUAAAUAUUAAUUUUUUACGACUUCUUGAAGAGACCUUUUAAACGGCCAGUAUACUAGUGGUACAAUAAACUGCUUUGCCAAUGGAUAAAAUAGGCCUUGAGUAGACAUAUUAGCUUUAUAUUUUAUUAUAUAGAUAUUUUAAUAAAGUUCUUUUCGGUAGAAAUAAAUUUAAUCUACCAGUUGAUUCACUUCAUUACUUGACAAAAAAGGUUUAUUUGAAAGAAGCGGCCUUUUGCCCGUUACGGGUUCAUUUUGUCUAAAUGUAUACAUGUACGUGUAUCUUAUACAGUCAGACCUAUGUUAAGCUGCCUCCCAGGAAAGUGUAAAAGUGUUUCUAUGUGUUAACAAUAUACAUUGGUUUGGGAGUAUAGUAAUACGACAUUUUGAAACAAACGGCUGCAUGACAAGGCUGGCUGCUUAACCAGAUGUGAAUGUACUUUCAGUUGUAUUUGUGUGUGUGUGUGUGUGUGUGUGUGUGUGUGUGUGUGUGUGUGUGUGUGUAAAAUGUAUCCAUGCACACACACUGUACAUAAUGAUGUCUAGUCAAAGUCAAAAAUAAAAUGUAGUAAUCCACCAAUCUUUCGUGUG